GCCUUGUCCUCGAGAUGAUAUGAUACUAUGUCUGUAAUUCUCGUCACAGGAUCUUACGACCAUGAAAUCAGGUUUUGGGAAGCUUGGAGUGGGAUAUGUUCCAGGACUAUAGCACGCUCAGGAGAGUCGGGGCAAGUAAAUCGUCUGGCGAUAUCUCCAGAUAAACGUCUUCUAGCUGCUGCCAUCCAUAAGAAAGUCAACAUCUAUGAGAUUGCGAGUGCGUCUUCCACACCACUCAUCUCUCUGGAAGAGCAUGAGAUGAAUGUGACCUCAGUAUCCUUUCAUAGUGAGGGAAAAUGGCUAGUUACAGGGAGUGAAGACGGUACUAUCAAAAUAUGGGACCUUCGUAGUACUCAGGUACAUAGAACAUACGAUAAUGGGACGCCUGUCAACGAUGUUUGCGUCCAUCCGAAUCAAGGGGAACUUAUCUCCUGUGAUCAAGCGGGGUGCAUCAAGCAAUGGGACUUGUCUGAGAAUCUUUGUUCUCACGAACUUACUCCGGCAGGUGACGUCCCCAUUCGUUCGGUCAGUCUAGCCUCAGAUGGAUCUUGCUUAGUUGCCGGAAAUAACAAGGGAAAAUGCUAUGUCUGGAAAAUAAACGAAGAAAAAUCUGAGCUUCCUCGCUACCAAGCAGUUACGAAAUUCAGCGCCCAUAAAAAGUACUUAACCCGAGUCCUCUUAAGUCCGGAUGUGAAGUACUUAGCUACCUGCUCUGCGGACACUACCGUAAAGAUAUGGUCAAUAUCCCAGAACUAUGAAUUCAAGCCCGAAAAGGUACUCCAAGGUCACCAACGGUGGGUUUGGGACUGCGCUUUCAGUGCAGAUUCCGCAUACCUCGUUACAGCAUCCUCGGAUCACACAGCCCGUCUGUGGGAGAUGGCCUCGGGGGAGACUGUACGACAGUACAAUGGUCAUCACAAAGCGGCUGUAUGUUGUGCCCUGCAUGACGGAGCAGGCUAAAAUGACUAUGCCUUGCCCCAAUCACGGUGUCCUUAACGAUGAUAUUCUUCAUAUAUAUUGUUUGUGCUUGGCAUGUUACAUUGGUAGUGUGCCUUAACCCAUUGAAAGUAUUUCGUGCCUGCGAUUGCAACGCACAUUUACUGGUCCUAUGGACUGAUGUUAUUACCUGUAGCUUUAAGUUCGCACUGUGGAUUGUAUGACGCUAAACUUAAAGUCGGUAUACUUUCUGUUCACGAUGGUCUUUCUGUGACCCGGGUAGAGUUUUCAUAAUAUUGUACUGCCAUGUUUGCAAUGGAAUAACAGUGUACACACUCGCUAAGUUAGAUUGCGAGUGGACG